UACUCGUGUUUCCGGUUUCGCCCCUGUCAUAGCACAUCCACACAACUUUACUCUGUGUCAAUUUUCAGGUUCUGAUCUAAAACAGAAGUUGAAGAAUGAAGGCUUUGAUUCUAGUGGGAGGCUAUGGAACAAGGCUACGACCUUUGACAUUAAGUUGUGCAAAGCCGUUGGUAGAGUUUGGAAAUAAACCUAUGCUUCUACAUCAAUUAGAAGCACUGGUUGAGGCUGGUGUCACACACAUUGUACUAGCUGUGAGUUACCGUGCCGACCAGAUGGAACAGGAGAUAAGGAAUGUGGAAAAGAAGUUGGGUGUGAAGAUAAUUAUAUCAUUGGAGUCUGAACCUUUAGGAACAGCUGGGCCCUUAGCAUUAGCCAAGGAUCAUUUAAAUCAAGAUAACGAACCCUUCUUCGUCCUCAACAGUGAUGUUAUAUGUGACUUUCCCUUUAAACAAAUGGUUCAGUUUCACAAACAUCACGGCCGAGAAGGAACGAUAAUGGUGACUAAAGUCGAUGAACCGUCCAAAUAUGGUGUUGUUGUUUAUGAUGCAGAAAAUGGCAGAAUACAACGCUUUGUUGAAAAACCACAAGAAUAUGUCUCCAAUAAAAUUAAUGCUGGGAUGUAUAUAUUUAACCCAUCAAUUCUCAACAGGAUUCCUUUGAAACCUACUUCUAUUGAAAAAGAUGUUUUCCCACACAUGGCCAGUGAUGGUGAUCUAUACACCAUGGAACUGCAAGGAUUUUGGAUGGAUGUUGGCCAGCCAAAAGAUUUUCUCACAGGAAUGUGUAUGUACCUAGGCUCCCUACGUCAGAAGUCCCCUGACCAGUUACACAGCGGACAAGGCAUUGUUGGAAAUGUUUUAGUCGACCCAAGUGCAAAGAUUGGUAAAAACUGUCGCAUUGGUCCAAAUGUGACUAUAGGACCAGAUGUCGUUAUAGAGGAUGGUGUGUGUGUGAAACGAUGUACGAUACUUAAAGGGGCGACCAUCAAAUCUCACUCCUGGCUAGAAUCUUGUAUCAUAGGCUGGAAAUGUGUUUUAGGGCGAUGGGUGAGGAUGGAGAAUGUGUCUGUGUUGGGUGAGGAUGUUACAGUUAAGGAUGAGCUGUACAUCAACGGUGGACGAAUUCUACCACACAAAUCUAUAGGAACAUCAGUACCAGAACCACAGAUCAUCAUGUAGUCUACAAAUCAUAGGGUGGAUGGUCUGUGUACAUCAGUCUCUCAUCAGCUCUCAGUGUCAGUUUUAACACAAAACUGUUAACAAAAAUCCCUUUUUUUAUUUUUAUUUAAUUUAUUGAUAAAAAAAAUUACAAAGUUUAUUUAACAGAAAUAUGCAAUCAAGGAAGACAAUCUAUGUAGGAUUUUGAAUAAAGGAAUAUAGACUAAAAUGUAAUAGGAUUUCUUAUGAUAGAAUUUCUCUAGAUGUUUAAGAUCUGAAGAGGUUGUUUUAUAAACAAUAAUUGAUUUUAUGUAACAUUCCAGCAUGUUUUUAAUGGAACUCUGCUAGAUAUGAGGUUUUGUGGUUUUAAAGUCAUCUUUAGUCAAAUCAAAAUUGAUGUUUAAAUAUCUGCUUUUGUGGAAUUGGGUCACGGAUCAAAUCACUAUAUUUUUACCUUUUUUAUGAAAGGUGAAUAUUUCAAAAUCUUCACUUUUUGAUAUACAACAAAAAUAGAUUCAUUUUCUGUAUAAUUUUUUACAUGCCGCUGGAGGCAUUCAUAUAUUGGCAUCAUCUCUUCCGUGUGUCUGUCUGUAUAUCCAUUUCUUGUGAACGCAACUCCUCCUAAACUAAUCUUCAGAUUUUCAUGAAACUUGUUCAAUGUCAUAACUACAACUGGUUCGUUGAUUUUUGUAAGAUUUAUGUCAUUUUCAACUUUGUAUCUGUAGCUUGCUCAUAGUUGAGCCUUGUGAACGCAACUCCUCCUAAACUAAUGAUAAGAUUUUCAUAAAACUUGCUCAAUGUCACUAAUACAAUGGGUAGAUGUGCAUGAAGGGUCAAUUUUACGGUUCAUUGAUUUUUGUAAGAUUUAUGAUACAGACAUGUUAAAAGUGAUAAUUAAAAGGACCAAAGUUGAUCUUUAUAUUUUGUGGCUGCGUAUAUUGUGUCGACGGCACUCUUGUUAAUUUUUGUUUUGUUUAACAUAGAUCAGUGCAAUUUGUCACGGGGGUUACUCCAACAUAUAUUGUACAUAUAUCUGAAGCUGCAGUAAACAUGUUGUGUUCUCUUUCCUUAAACAGUCAAAGUAAAUUAAAACAAUUCAAUUUCCCCUUUUUUUUCUUUUUUAUUUGCAACAAACACCAACUCAUUGUCUAAGCUAUGCUGUAUAAUUAUAUAGAAGGCAUUUUAUAAUACAUCAGUAAUGUAGUAUUAUGUGGACCAGAACUGUGGUUAGAAUCUCUUUUUGAUUUACUUGUCAUUAAGGUCUUUAAUUAGCAAUACACCUUGGAUGAUUUUUCUUUUCAAAAUAAUAAAAAAGAAUCUUGACCUUCUUAUUAAUGUAGCAUAAUAACAUUGUUUACAGCUUUGUUUACAGCUGGAAAUAUCAGAAAUAAACAUUUUCAAUUAUGAAGUAAUUCAGUUUGAAAAAAAGUUCCUGAAUUCAAAUGCAUACAGAUUCGUGGACCUUAUGGUUUGUUUUGUGGGAUGAAUGAAAAGUACUUUUAACAAGUAAAGGGUGUAUUCAUUAUGUUACUGUAUUGUCAGUCAUUUAUGCGAUGAUGAAAUUUUUGCUUUUUCCUGGUACAUGAACGUGAUCAUGAAAAUACGAUCCCUGAAAUGAUAAGACACGUGUGUAUACAUGUCAUUUUAUAUUCAGAUUGUGAAUUUUUCAUUCAUGGAAAUAUUGUUCAUUGGUUUGAAAUGAAAAUUGCAAAAAUUUGAUUUGUAUGAUUGCUAUGAAAUCCAUGAAUAUUUUGAGACACUGCUGUAAAUAGAGGGGACAAAAUCAGGUGCAUCUCUAUAAAUAUACUGCUUGUUCACGAAAGAAAGAUUACCUGUCUGGCAUAAUUGGGCUGUAUUUUUGAUUGAUGGGGUGUAGUUUUGACUUGUUUGACCAGCAUUAUACAUUUCCUUUUUUAAUUAUGUGUAUUUCAUGUUGUGUAUCAUUGUACAAGUCACAAAGAUUAAACAGUAAACAAACAAAAAAAACCCCCAACCAGUAUAUAUAUGUAAUUUCACAUGAUCGGAUGAUAUGAGUGAAGUGUUGAUAAGUGUACCUAGAUAUGUAUCUGUGGCAAGUAUUGACACAUAUGAACAUAUGCUAAAGCUGAAACCAUUCUAUGCAAAUUGUGUCAGAAAGUUGAGUUUUAUAGCAAAGAUUUAAACAUAAAUUCUAUACACCAAACCAUUAAGACUCUGCUGAAAAAAAUCAAUCUCUCUAAUUGUGAGAUUAACUAGCACAUUACGUGAACUGUUUGUUUGGUAGAAACUUUAGUUUUUGUGGCUAUGGAAAACUAAUAAGACUGAGGAUGAAAAGGUUAUUUUUACUGUCACAUUAAAUAUAUCAAAUAUUAAAAGAUUUUACCCUUAAAAUGAUGUCCUAGGUUUUGAACCAAACAAGUCAAAUAUUUAUGGAUAUGGGAAUUCCAAGUGUUGUGAAAAUACCAAAACUGGUAUUACUGUUGCACUGAUCUAGCAGAAAGUAUUUUUCUAGUCGCGGGAAACAUCUAGUAUUUAACCAGUGUGACCAGUCUGAUUAGGAUUUAAGGAGUGUCAUCAAAUUUUGUAUCUUUUCUGAUAGUGUUAUCAGUGGUCACCGAUAACAGUGUCAUUGUAUUAGAAAUAUGUACAUGUGUUCUGAAAACUAAGAGUAUUAUCAGUUGUUGUUAGAGUCUAGCUGACAGAGUGGAUGACAUAGAGUGUAGCUCAUUGUAGCUGAGUAUUUACUGUGUAGAUUUUUGUUUUGUUUUGGGUGUAUUUAUUUUUUAAACAUUUAUCAGUGUAAAUAUGCUUAAGGCUAGUUUUUCAAGGGUUCAACAGUUCAGUAAUAAGAUACAAAUAAAGAAAACUAGACAAUGUGAUAUGAUGAAUAAACAUUGGUAAUCAUAGGAAGCAGAAAAAGACACAGUGAAAUAUUUAAAGAUUCUUGUUGUCUAUUCAGUAAUUCUAACAAGAAUAAAAACAAAAAAGAAAAAAAAAGCUAACUUACAGAAAUUUAAAUCAUGGAAAAUAACUUUAUGUUUACAGUUAAAAAGUUUAACAACAUUAAACAACAUUUAUUUGAGAGAAUUGAAUUGUGAAAACUGCUUAGUAUGAUGAUAUAGGUUUUUUGUUAUAGAUAGAGAUGUUGAUCCUGGGUGAUGUAAAACUGCUGUGUGAAGAUGUGAGUGAUUUAACAUACUUGUAUGUAUAUAUAGGUAUUGUCUGGAUGUGUUUUUUAUACAGCCGAUAUUUUGUAAUACAAAGUGAUAUUCUGGCAGCAGCUAUCGUCUUCGAUUUCAUCUGUGAAAUAGAAGCAGUCAUGACUUUAAAUAUUUAUAAAGAUCUCAAAUGUACACAUAAAUAUCAUGUUGACUAAAUAUAAGGUGAGUACUUUUAGGAAGUAAAGGUAUGAUUGUGUAACUGCCUUAGCUGAUACCAUGCUAGUUUACUUACAUAUGUAAUGUUAUGCCAUGAAUUUAUAUAUAUAUAUAUAUACAUAUAUAUAUUUGGUCUGUAGUAAGGAGGAUAAAAAUCCUCAAUAGUUUUUAUGUGAUGGUUUUUAAUUAUACCCUGUCAUAUAUACAUGUCAGAAUAAAACUUUGGUUAUUUGGAGUUCUAUUUACUUUGAGGGAUUUAGUUUAGAUAACUGGGAAAUACUGGCUUUAAUUGUGUAAGGAACCAGAAAACCAAUGCAUAUAUGUUUAUUUAUAAUUACACACUUGUAAAGUACAUAACAAUGUAGAUAGUUGGAUUUUAGCUUAAGCUGGUUGUUUUAUUGCAGGGUCUCAUACUGAUGGCAUAAUAGACAAAAAACAUUGACAAAGAUUAUUGGUGAUGACAAUAUAGAUGAUCUUGUGAUGAAUAAACUUUGUAUCAUUUAAUGUAAUAAAAUCUUGUUGAUUGCA